AUGAGGGCUCCAUGCGGGACCUCCGAGCACCGCGCCAGGACCCGGUGGAGGUUCUGGCACUUGGGGCUCUGCAAGGCCCUCGGGCCCCUGCAGGCCGCCUGGGUCGCUUUCUCUCAGCCGGUCCCAACCAGCUGUGGCCAGCUGCUGACCCAGCUCUUCCUGUGCGGUUGCUUGGCGGUCGCUGCUGCAGGUCUGACACACCACUGGCUCGCGUCCUCGCUGCUUUAUCCUCUGGGACCCUCGGCCACAGUGGCCACUGUCUGGGGCCUCCUGGUCUUCCUGGUCCUGGGCUUGGUGCCCCCUGCCCGCUGCCUGUUUGCACUCAGCGCCCCUACCCUGGGCACGGAGCAGGGCCGCUGCCUGCUCCUCUCCUGGAGCACUGCCACCCUGGGCGUCACCGUGCUGCCCAACGUCUUGGCCAACAUGGGCGCAGCGGGGCAGGUGCUGAGAUGUGUCACAGAGGGCUCCCUGGAGAGUCUGCUCAACACCACUCACUGGCUGCAUGCGGCGUCCCGGGCUCUGGGCGCUGCUGGCCCAGCGGGCAGCCAGGGCUUGACACUGCAGGCCCAGGGCAAUGGCUCUGUGUUCCAGCUUCACAUGCUCAGGGUCACCCAGCAGGUGCUGGAGGACUUCUCUGGCCUGGAGUCCCUGGCCCGGGCAGCCGUGCUAGGGACCCAGCAGGUGGUCGCAGGGCUCUUUAUGCUGGGCCUCCUGGUGGACUCGGGCUGGUACCUCCAUCGCUACCUGACUGACCUGCAGUUUGACAAUAUCUACGUGACCCGGCAGCUGGCUUGGCAGCUGGCGGAGACCCAGGCCACACAUCUGGUGGCCUUCCCACCGGCCUGGCUGCUCUGGGCCGCCCGGCCGAGGCUGUCCCAGGGGGAGCUGCUGAGUUGCCUCCUGAGGCUGGGGCUGCUCACCCUGUCCCUGAUGACCACAGCUGUGAUGGUGGCCACAGACCACGUGGCCUUUCUGCUGGCUCAGGCGGCCGUGGACUGGGCUCAGAAGCUGCCGGCGGUGCCAAUCACGCUCACGGUCAAGUAUGAUGCCACAUACACGGUCCUGGGCUUCAUCCCCUUCCUCUUCAACCAGCCGCCUCCGGAGAGCCCUUUCCUCUCUGCUCACAAGUCCUUCCAGUGGGAGCUCCGCUUCACCGCCCCGGGCUGCCCACUGCUGCCCGCCCGGCGCCCCCACACGGCCGCGCCCCUGGCCGCUGGGGCCCUGCAGCUGGCGGCUGGCGCCACCAUCCUGCUGGAAACCUACGCCCGGCGCCUGCGGCACACCAUCGCCGCCUCCUUCUUCUCCGCCCAGGAGGCUAGGAGGGUCCGCCACCUGCACGCCAGGCUCCAGCGCAGAUACGGCAGGCACGGAGGCCGGCGGCUGCCCCUGGAGCCCCCAUCCUUCCCGAGACCCGGGUCUGUCAGCACCCACCCAGCGCGGAUAGACUGGCCUCCGGCAUGCUGGUCACUGGGAAGAACAGAGAGCAGUAGGGCGGAGGGGGAAGAGCUUGGGAGCCGCACACACCAUGGUCCUCUGCUGCCUUGCUGUGUGACCUUGGGUAGAUUGCUUCACCUCUCUGAGCCUCAGUUUCUACACCUGAAUAAUGACUGCGUCAUAACAACCCAUGUGACCUCCUUUGCACGUGGGGGUGUGGAAAGGAAGGCAUGCCGAUAUUGGGCAUAA